ACGAAAUACAAUAGUGUCGAGACAGCAGACGUUUUUUUCUGAAUGUGUGUGGUAUCGUUUGUAACACUGUAUAAUAACGCGCACGUUAAAUCUUCGUACAUCCAUGAUAUGUAUACGUAAACGUUAUUUCACAUACACACACACAGCUCUUGACUGUUGGCAAUAGUGUUACACAUUACACACAGUGCACAUCGUCAUAAUUCCCCGAAGUGUUACGUGCGCUUUACGUGAAGAUGGAGGAUAUUUUAAGUGAGGUUGUUUCGGCCGAGGAUUUAAAGAAAUUUGAAAACAUAUAUAAUCAGCAAUUGAGUACGUCACUUGUUACGCCAAAAUCUCAGUUUGAAUAUGCCUGGUGCCUUGUCAGGAGUAAAUAUUCCGCUGAUAUUAGGAAAGGAAUAUUGCUCUUAGAAGAUCUUUAUAGCAAUUAUGAUGAUGAAAAGCGUGAUUGUUUAUAUUAUUUGGCUAUUGGAAGUGCCAGAUUGAAGGAAUAUUCAAAGGCACUGUCGUAUGUUCGAGCAUUUCUUCACAUUGAACCUGGAAAUGUCCAAGUACAACAACUAGAGAAAGUAAUAAAGAAGAGAAUGGAAAAAGAAGGUCUUAUGGGUAUGGCUGUCGCGACAGGUGUUAUUAUUGGUAUCGCAAGCAUUCUGGGCCUGGGCAUCGCAUUAGCAAAAAAAAAUUAAAAUUAAUAGGGAGAAAAAGCUGUAACUGCUAACAUUGCUCUUUGACGGAUUCUAUCACACAACUAUUGCACGAGAAAAGAUUAGUAUUUUGGACCAAAUCCAAAGCAUGUAAUUAGAAAUCCAUUUUUAUAAUUAUUUUCUAUUAUUGUUAAAACAUAAAAACUGUUAAGGAAAUAACAGGAAGAGAGAACAACUUUUUUAAUCAUAAGAUAACUAUAUGGUUUGUUUGAUUACUUAUCGAUUGUAUUGCGCCCACAAAACGUGGUGUGUUGUGUUAAAAAUAUCUACAAAUAACAAACAAGAUUUUAUUUUA